AUGGAGGUGAAGAAGACUUUCGAAGCAGAAGGGGAAGUCCCACAGGUGGUAGCUGCACAAUCCUGGGACAGCACAUGCUGGCUUGGACAUGCGCAGUUCCACCGAGAUCCAAGAUCCCGGUUCCGAUCCCGAUCCCUAUCCGGAGGACACCCGACAUCACUGGGAGGUGAAAACCCGAAUCUUCACCCAUGGUCCUCAGGGACACCCCGACCAGAUACCCUACAUUGUUACCUCGGAGGACUUAGCCUCCAACCUGCCCCUUGGGUUGCUCCUUUCUCUCCACCCAAACCCCCUCUCCGUUCUCCCCUUGAACCCUCUGCUCCCCUCAUUCCACUUCCCCCUCCCCAAACCUCUCAUCUUUACCCUGUUCUUAACAAAUCUGAGACCUCAGUUAAAACAGGGACAACACCAAAGAAGGUUCUACCGCCGGAGGACUCAGCUCUGAUUGACUUGCUGACUGAUGAGCCUCCUCCCUAUCAGCCCCAACCCUUACAAGCCCCUGAACCUAAUCAGCCAUCCUCCGAGGACGAGAAUCAGGAAAGCCCAGCCGCCAGUGCUCCCCCGGAUCCAUCUCCCAUGGUGGGACGACUCCGGGGGCGCCAGGAUUACACCGCCUCAGGAGACACCUCUAGAGUUCUCCCCCUGCGACAGACAGGGGGCCCCAAUGGCCAAUGUCAGUACUGGCCCUUUUCUGCCUCUGACCUCUAUAACUGGAAAACCCAUAACCCUUCCUUUUCUAAGGACCCUAUAGCUUUAACCUCUCUGAUUGAGUCUAUUCUAGUAACUCAUCAGCCAACAUGGGAUGAUUGUCAGCAGCUCCUGCAGAUACUCCUCACUUCAGAGGAAAAACAGAAAGUUCUUUUGGAAGCUCGCAAAAAUGUGCCAGGGGACGACGGGCGUCCCACCCAACUCCCAAAUUUGAUUAACGAAGCUUUUCCUUUAAUCAGGACAAACUGGGACUAUACAACUGAAGCAGGUAGGGACCACCUACAUCUCUAUCGCCAGUUACUCAUAGCGGGUCUCCAUGCAGCAGGGCGGCGGCCCACCAAUUUGGCUCAGGUAAGACAGACCACCCAAGGGGCAGAAGAAACCCCGACAGCAUUCCUAGAAAGAUUAAAGGAGGCUUAUCGGAGGUUUACUCCCUUCGAUCCUGACAGUGAGGACCAAAGAGGGAACAUAUCCAUGGCUUUCAUUUGGCAGUCCGCCCCAGAUAUCAGGACUAAAUUACAAAGAUUAGAUAACUUACAAGAUUUUUCUCUGGCAGACUUACUGAAGGAAGCCGAAAAGAUAUAUAACAAAAGAGAAACUCCAGAAGAACGAGAGGACAGGAUCAGAAAGAUGCAGGAAGAACGAGAACUUAAGCUUAGAGAGGAAUCAGACAAAAAAGAAAGAGAAAGAGAGCGGAGGUGUAACAGGGAACUAAGUAAAAUAUUGGCCACCGUAGUUCAGGCAGGACAUCAGGGAAACAGAGUAAACAGGGACAGGGAGCAAAGCAGACCCCGUGUAGACUGAGAUCAAUGUGCCUACUGCAAGGAAAAAGGACACUGGGUAAAAGACUGCCCAAAGAGACCCCCCAACCCCAGGAGAGAUACCAACCGGG